AAUGGAGGUACGUGGUCCUCGGAGGAAUCCCAGCUACCUCUCUGAUCUCUAUCAGAACAUGUUACAGGCUGAAGAAGCACCAGGACAAGGGCAGCAGCAGCCCCCAGCAGUCCGAGCAAAUAGCAGCGUGACUCUUCGGAGCAGUGUGCCAGCCAAGGGGGGCCCCCAGCCAAAUAAGCUUCAGAGUAGCACUUCCUCCAGCUGUGAUCCAGCGUUACGGCCUAUCAUACGCCGCCGAGCAAGAUCUUUGCCUACAUCACCCGAAAGAAGGAAGCGAGCAGCAGUGCAGUGUCAAGUUCCCGGAUGCCGGAGUCGUAUGAACAGGGUGAGAUUUGCUGAUGCUUUGGGCUUGGAGCUCACCGAAGUGAAAGUUUUCCAGACUGGGGAGGAUCCAUCAAUCCCCUUGCACGUCCUUUCCAGGCUCUCCAUAAACUCGGACCUCUGGUACAGCAACUCGGACUUGGAGUUUACCAUGCAGUGCUUGGUCCCUGACUUCCAGCAGCCGGUAGACUGUAUGGAUUUCUCCUCCCGACUUCAGGAGCAGCAGGUGUGUCUUGAACGAGUGACCAGCUCAGAUUUGGGGCUCAGUGGCACCAUCCAGGUUCGCAAUGUUGCUUUUGAGAAGCAGGUAUCUGUGCGAUACACCUUCAACCAGUGGAAAACCCUCCAUGAAGUGUGUGCUCAUUGGCACAGUAGCAUCCCUGAGAAAAAUGGGCAGGGUCAGGUUGAUGUUUUCACUUUCUUUCUCCCUGUGCCUCCUUUCCUCCUCCAGCUGUGCUCUGUAGUCCAGUUUGCAGCAAGGUACCAAGUCAACGGCCAGGAGUACUGGGAUAACAACAGAGGCAGAAACUACAGUCUUACCUGUCGGACUCACCCCCUUAAGAUGCCUAGGGAAUGUGAGGAGAGCUGGAUCCACUUCAUCUGAACGAAGGAAGUGGAUGCAGAGCAGCUUGUCAGUAGUCUUGGUGGUAAUCUCUUCCUUGGCCUGGCUCUCAGCUCCUAUGGUAACAGUCUCCUUUUUGAAACCUGCCAAACUUGGCAAAGUGUUCCAGGGCAGGGAAGCUGCCAGUGACCCGUACAAACUGUUCUAUACCUCUCAGAAAAAAAAAAAAGCCAAAAUGUGUAUUGAGUUACAUCUGUUGAAAGCCUGAGGGAUUUCUUGUAGCGCAUGAGUUGGUGCAGAAUGGUUCCAAGGGAUGCUGUCAGACUACCAGAGAGCAAAACAAGGCAUUUCUUGUUGCUAGCAAUAUUCUAGGCUGCAUAGAAUAUUUCUAACUGAUCUAUUUUCCUAUUUUGUUCUGUCUAUUUUCUAAAUGGGCAGUGUGGCUUUACUGGUUUGGUUUCUAAUUAUCUCACCAAUUCUGGGCACUAUUCCAUUUAUGCAUAACUUGGAUGACAGACACUGUAGGGAAGUACUUGUAUUUAUAUAUAUAUAUUUUAUUAAGACUGUAGCUAUGAUAAAUAUUUCCAUUAAUACUUGGGUUGGAAAUUAAAUGUUAUUAUGAGCAAAACAUACAUGAAAAUGUCCCAUCAGCCCCUCUGUUUCCCUUAAGAAAAGGCACUUUUUUUUUUUUUUAAUCUCCAGUGUUUGCUGUAGGCAGCUGAACGAUUGUUACCAAAGUUUGUGUAAGGCCAAUCUUCGGAAGUUCUCAUCUUUUUCAGGUGAUGGACAAGUGGGGUUUUUCUCCAGGUGGUGGUACAGGAAUUGUCCUUCCCUCGGGCACCUGUUUUUACUAAGGGAAACUACAGCAAUUUUGCACUUGUGUUGCAAUUACAGUUAAAGAUCUCAAAGCACUAUAUGAAUGCUAAUGAUCUAACACUGUUACCUGAAACAGGUAAAUUUAUAAAUCAAGAAAUGAAUGAGAUAUAUAUACAAAAAGGCAAUACAGGGAGCUGGUUACAGAGCCUUGCAGUAGUACACUAGAACCCUCAAUUCUGGCUCCAUUCCCUAGCGUCCCAUUACUGCUGCAGUAGUACCUUUGGAUUAUUUAAUUAACUACUUCUGAUUAUAAACCAGUUGAAUUCCAAGACUGCAUCCUUUGCAACACAAAGUGGGAGCUUCGAAGCAAAAUGAUGAUUUUACUGGUAAACUGGUACUUCCAUAGACCCGUAAACAGAAUCCCUUCUGCAGCAGGGAGAGCAUGGUAACACUGUGUACACGCAGUCUUCCCAUGCUUCUUGCUCUCUCACCUUCAUUCUGUGGAUUUAGUGUGGUUUAAGAUUGGCAACAGGUUUAAAUCUGUAAGUAAAAGAUUGUCCAUGAUGUUUUUCAUACAUAUUCAUAACUGCAUGGAAAGUUUAGCUUUAUAUGUGUAGCAUAAAUUUUCAAAACUGGCUGACUGGAUUUCUUAGAAGAGUUGCUUUUUAGGACUAUACUAUGGAAAUCAGGCCACUUAUUCAGGCAUCUUAUUUUGCAUUGCUGCUUAUUCAUCAAAAUCACAAGUUGUUUUUAAAAUCACAGUUGUAAGCAACACACUGCCAAGUAUAUAUUAGUCCAAAAGUCUACUGAGUAAUUCUGGAAGUGCAGAAAACCCAGGAAAAUUCAUGUGUCUGGCAACUUAACGUUACUACUUUGUUGUGAUAUCCAUUUAGCAAACCUAGGAUUUCAAGUGACGAAGCUGCCUGGUUCCAUUAGUCUUUUGCAUUCAAAGGAACUGAAGUCAUGAAUGACGAUUCUAUGAGCUGCUGAGCACCUGUUGCAGAGUACUGAGAAGACUCAAUCCUGUUUGAAACUGUUGAGAAUUGACUGUGUUGUCUGCUUUAACUGUGUAUUGGAGCACUGUGAGGUGGAACAUUUAAGUUGAAAUUGUUUUGAAGGAGUAGGUGAGGCUGAGGUGUGAUUGCCAGCUACGGAGUGGAAAGGAGUGCUGCCUGCGUUCAAUCCACCUGCGCUAUUUUCUGCAGCUGGGUUAGAGGAGUGACCACUCCCAAUCUGGCAGCAACUCCUGUCUCCUAGAAAAAUCAAUGCAGGGAAGUCUAGUCUUCCUCAUACGGCACAAAAUAAUGAGAGCUCUGUAAGAAAGGAUGCUAAUUGUAAGGGUUUUUUGCCUCCUGUGGUGGGCUUCGUAUGACUAAAUGACAUAUGACAAUAUAGCACGUAACAUACCUGAACUAAUCAACCUAUACUUUUCAUAGUCAAUGGAGAUGUUUUCACUGUAAUCAGCAGUACCUGUGGUGUGACAACUGUGUCCCCUCUGCUGAAUGCAGAGCGAACACUGUGGGACUGGUUCUGCCAGACUAAAAUUCUCAGCACUAGUGCAGAUUGUGCCAAAUUAUGUCAGAGUCUGUAGAUGUCAAGUUAGAUGAGCUGAAACGCACCUUCAGUGACUGCAGAAGAAUCUUUCUUGGCAUGAAUUGAAAUGGCAUACCCUUACUUUGAUGAAACUUGCUCACUUAAGGAAUUCCAUUAAAGUUUAUCCAGUAUUGUUAAGUUCAUAGAAGCGGCAUUUUAUGUACUUGUCAGCAAAGUAAUAAGAAAAUGAACACACACACAGAAGCACUUGUGCUGAAUAAAAGGCACUAUUUUAUUGUUCCCCACCUCUCUUCCCCUCCCAAAUUACUGUAUUCCAUCAGCAAAACCACUGAAUUGCCUUUAGCACACCAUUAAAAGUCCCUCUCCUAUGAGACUGGUAUUUGACACCAGUUUACAAUAGCUGUUGCUGGAGCCCAAUGCAAUACUUGGCUUAGUGGCAGAAAGAUGCUGUUGCCAUCUUUUGGGAGAGGCUCUUUCAUGUGCUAGCAAAUGUCAAAUCCAAGUGUUACUGCAGGCAGGACAGAUGAUGUAAUGCUGAGGCUGUCAGGUUAAAGGUUAACGUCGGAGAGAUGAGGAAUGAAUGUCUCAGCAAUAUGUUUGGCUGCUGUUGUCUUCCUUCUGCAACCUCUCAGGGUAUUUGCAUGUGCAAAAUCUUGCAUACUGAAGUAUUAUUCCAAGUUUGCCUUUUCUCUCUUUGCUUGUCUUGCACUGCUGGAGAAGAAUUGACAGUAGCUGUUACUAACCAGUUGCCUGGCACUGGUGACUGAGUUGAGCAGCCCUACGUUAUAACGGAACUGAGAGUAUCUCUGGAUUAAGCUGUUAAAUAUUCACACGACUACUGGCACUUGUCACAUGAAAGAUGAAAUUUGCACUUCUGUUUUGCUGUCACAUUUGGUAGUGAACAUCAAAAGGCUUCUAGUUGACAAGGGAUUAAGCCAUUAAGUAGUAGUAAUACACUCCUGUCGUGCAGGUAAACUUAUGACCACCUUUAUAAAUUCUCAGGACAACUUGACUGCUUGCACUGUGUUCAAAUUCAGCACUUCCCUUAUAAUGAGGAUUUUGUAAAAGUGAAUUCUUCACAAGGGUUAUUGCCAUAUAAUGCACUUUUUAAAACCUGUAUUUGUUAUAGUCAUACAAUAAAUUAAUGUCUAGUAGUCCACAGUUUCAAAGUUCCUUCAAGCAUGUUUUUUAAAGAAACAUAUGGAAUCUAUGUAAAUGAAAACGAGUUGUCUUUCCUGAUUAACGUCUUGUCCAAACUAAAGUACAUUACACAGUAUAUCAAUAAAACACAUAUGCUAGACAGAAGGUCAUUUUGUUUUAGUGGAGAGCUGUACAAUUGCAAAGUGCUUAAUUCAUUUUAAAAACAAUAAUAAAAGUAUAGCUAUUGUAAUACAAAAGAUUGUAAUAAAAGCUUUUCGCAAUUUUAUGUUGGUUUUGUCAACGGUACUCCUGUUAACAGUUAAGAAACCUCAUGAGGCAACUUAGUGCUGAGUUGUCACUUACAGAGCAACACACUCAGGAAAGUAAGGUGGGUUUGAGUUGCUAAAAAAUGAACAGCACUUGAUAAAAAUACAGUGAUCAGUCUAUAUAGCUGCAAAAUGACCAGGCUGCCACUUCUUACAUGGAAUUUGCCGUCAUUUCACCUCAGACUUCUGUGCAUGCAGCAUUUGCAGGAUUAAGAUCCAAUGUUGGAAGAGAAAGGGGUUUUCUUCUAAUAACACUUUCAAAGCUCUGCUAGACUGUACUUAACUCAUUAAUUCCAGAGUCUCACAGUUGUGUUUUCUGCCAUUUGUUCCUUCAGUUUUCAUUGCUGCAGUCUUUCCUCUCAAACCAUGUUCUUUUCACUCAUGGGUUUCUUGCAAAUGUAUCUACACAGGGUAUGCUAAGAGAGUGCCCAUCUCCGAUUUAUCCUCUAUAUGAAAUGCAGCUCCACCAGUGCCAAGCAUUUACUUGAUACAGUUCAGGAUUUGAAUAAUCUCUUGACAGGUUUCUUCUAAAGCAACAUGAAUGCAUUUAACUACAAGACAAUUAAGACAUACAUUACCACUUUUUAAUCAGUGUUAAUAACUUCAACACUGUAUUGUCAAAGUUGCUUGGGGGAAAGAUGAUUAUAGCAAAUCAGUUUAAAUACACAGGAAUGUCUAUAUUAUGCUAAGUUGUUUAAGAAUGUCAA